AUGCCCCGCGUCGCAAACAAGGUGCACCGCCGCUCCAACGGCAAUUCGACCCCUCACAAGAACUCUCCAGUCAAAAUACCGCUCAACGAUGAUGAAGGGGAGAAGGCAGCGCGCAUGGAGGCUCGUCAAGCGCUUCAUGAUCGCCAAAUGAGCCAAAUCAAGGCCGCAGUCAAAACACCUCUGCCGCCCCGUCGGUUUACUACAUACGAUCGUGAAGGAAGCGACAGUCCGGCAACCCCUCGAGGCUCGAGCCAUCGGGGCCGAGUCAGUGAUGUGAAUGGCCGUGCCGUGACGCCGAUGAAGCGCGUGCCCAUUUUGGCCAAUUUUGAAGAGUGGAUGAAGAUGGCGACUGAUAACAAGAUCAAUGCGAACAACUCCUGGAAUUUUGCGCUCAUCGAUUACUUCCACGAUAUGUCCUUGCUGAAGGAGGGCGACGGUGUGAAUUUCCAAAAGGCCAGUUGCACCCUUGAUGGUUGCGUGAAGAUCUACACCAGUCGAGUGGACAGUGUCGCAACAGAGACGGGCAAACUUCUGAGCGGUCUGGCCGAUAGCCGCGACAAAAGAGGACGUGGCGAAGAGGAGGCCGAAGAUGGGGAAGACGACGAAGAGGGUGAAGAUGGUCAGCCUCGCAAGACGCGCAAGAAGACUCGCUCCCACGAGGCCACUCUCGCACCCUCGUUUUCAUCCCUACAACUGAAGAAGUUCGAGCUCGAGUUUGCCGUGGAUCCACUUUUUAAGAAGGCGUCCGCAGACUUCGACGAAGGAGGCGCAAAGGGUUUGCUAUUGAACCACCUCGCUAUUGAUAGCCAUGGAAGAAUUGUGUUUGAUAGCAGCGACGACGCUGUGGAUGACAGUGCUAAGACAGCCGAAGAUGACCGUCAAGAAUCUACGGAGCCCGACCAAGAAACCGAAGACCAAUCGAAACCCACGUCCCAACAGGCAAGCGAGACAUUCGAAGACAACAAGGAAAUUGACCUCGGCUCGCUUGCAAGUCAAUUCUUCCCAGAUUUGGACCGUCUGGGCGAACAAGAUAUCUGUCCCUCGCUGAAGAACCUCGACCUAGGUGAUCCAAGUGGAUCGCUAGAUAUCCCUCUCCUGAAGGCGCCGGAGGACUGGCGACAGGACAAGAUGGAUGAAGAAGGGAGAGCACAUGAUGACCCAUCCGGCAUCAUGCUCGAUGACGACAAUGCGGUCGGAUUCGAUGAUGAUGACGGUACCCUGGGCGGCUUUGACCUCAGUGGUGACGCUGGGUUUGGUGAAGGUGGUGAGGUAUGGGCCCGGGAAGCAGCCCUAGAGCCCAUGCUGAACGUCCAUCGUGUUGCCCACGCCGGGGACAACGAGGGAGAAGGCGAGGAGGACGAUGAAGAUCCAUAUGCCAUCUCGAUGUCACACCAGCCGAAUAAUCAGGACCACGAGAACAUCCUCAGCUACUUCGACAAUGCGCUACAGAAGAAUUGGGCUGGUCCAGAACACUGGAAGAUCCGGAGAAUCAAAGACCACGCAACAGCCACUACUGCCGCCCCCAAACAGCGCAAAGAGAAAGAGCCCUUCGAAAUUGAUUUCGCGGCACCUCUAGACCCUGCCGUUGCAGAAUUGAUCUACACCCCGGCGAGCUCCAACUCGGCCGUUUCAAUGCCAAAGACACAAUGGAAAACAAAGGGUCGCAACCUGCUCCCCGACGACAAGCACUUUAACUCUCGCAACCUCCUCACUCUCUUCCUCAAGCCCAAGGCUAGACUCGGAUCAAGGAAGGUCCUAGGCAAACGUCGCCGGCCAGAUUUGACAGCUGGCAACGGUGACAUGGAUGAGGCAUUUUGGGCCAACCGCAAGCCAGAAGAGAACGCUGGCGAGGAAGGUGCUGCUGGUGCUUAUGAUGCCAACUUCUUCGCCGAUGAUGAUGGCCUCGCCUUCCCCAACGGCAUGGACCUCGACGAUGAAGACGACAACCUGCCAUUUGCGGAUGCUCGGGAGAUGUUGUCCCCAGCGCCAGAUGGUGGCGCAGGCGCUUCAUCCGGCGAACCAGGCGGUCAGACUGGACUGAGUGCGCUCUUGAACAUGGUUGGCGCCACGCCAAGCAAGGGCGGUUAUGGAUCACAACUGGUCACACAAGGUGGCCGCCGCGCAAGACCCGACUACGUGGCAUAUGCGCGUGUGGCGAAGAAGGUGGAUGUUCGUCGCCUCAAGACAGAGAUGUGGAAGGGUAUGGGCGAGCGAUUGGUUGAUGCUGUUGACUUUGCCUCGGCUUCGCAGCCUGGUGCUGUUUCCAGCGAACCCCCAUCAGAACCAGAGCCCGAAAGUGGAGCGGAAACCCCCGUCCCUGCGACACCGAAGGCCGAAAGUCCACAGCAGCCUGUCGACAGCAAGGACUCUGGUCGACUGAAGUUCACGCAAAUCAUGAACAAUCUCAAGGCUGUCUAUCCCGCUGAAACAUUACGGGAUAUCAGUACGUCAUUUGGAUUUAUUUGCUUGCUCCAUCUCGCCAAUGAACAGGGUCUUGUCCUUGAGAGUGAUCUCAGCAAGGUUGGUGCUGAUGCAGCCACCCUCGAAGAGAUCUUUGUCUCCAGGGAUGUGCACGCCAUCCUUGAAGAGGGUGGGAUGUGA